AUUUGGAGUGAGACUUGGCUUCAUUAUAAGGAGCAAAAAGCCCGUUACAGAGUUACAGUUUUUUCUUAUCUUGCUGCAAAAACAUGUUAGCUAACACCUAUCUCAUCUCUUCCAACUUCACUGCGCUUCCACACACAACUGCGAAACUCAAACCUUCACCCCACACUCACAAAUUUAACAGCGUUUCUUUUUCACUUCCCAAAACAACCGCCACCUCAAGAUUCUCACUUUUACUGAAACCCCACAACAAACUUAAAGCCUCACUUUUUCAAUUUCACAAAAGGGUUCUUCUCCAAAGAUGUCACAGCAUCUUAGAUUCUAAGAACUUAGAUGAAGAAGAAAACCCAGUAUUAGAUGAUAUGGAGUCUUCAGUUUUGGAGAGUAAAGUUAAUGUUCAAGGGGGAAGAGACUGGACGACCUCAAUUUUUCUUUUUGUUUUGUGGGGUGGCCUUAUGUACUAUGUUUUUAAUCUUUCUCCUAACCAAACCCCGUCAAGGGACAUGUAUUUCUUGAAUAAGCUUCUGAAUUUGAAGGGACAUGAUGGCUUUGUGAUGAAUGAAGUGCUUGUGUCUCUCUGGUACAUCAUGGGUUUGUGGCCUUUAGUGUAUAGUAUGUUGCUGCUUCCAACAGGUAGAAGCUCAAAGAGCAAAAUUCCUGUCUGGCCAUUCCUUAUACUUUCAUUCUUUGGUGGUGCAUAUGCUCUUCUGCCUUAUUUUGUUCUUUGGAAGCCUCCCCCUCCUCCGGUUGAGGAAACUGAGCUCAGUCGAUGGCCUUUGAAUUUUCUGGAAUCCAAAUUAACGGCUGGGAUAUUAUUUAUUGCAGGACUUGGGUUGAUCAUUUAUGCUGGUUUAGCUAGUGGUGAUGUCUGGAAGGAGUUUUACCAAUACUUCAGGGAAAGCAAAUUUAUUCAUGUGAUGAGCAUUGAUUUUACUCUACUUUCUACAUUUGCUGCUUUUUGGGUAUACAAUGACAUGACUGCCCGGAAAUGGUAUGACAAAGGUUCUUGGCUUCUUCCUGUAUCUUUGGUGCCAUUUUUAGGUCCAGCAUUGUAUCUUUUCUUACGGCCAUCACUCUCUGAGAUGUCUGUUUCAGUGGGCAAAGCUUCAUCAGAGCAAGAGUAAAUUUGGAAUUCUCCAUCAGGUUUUAUAUCAAGCAAGAGUAAAAGGAAGUGGACACAGAUAGUUUUGAGAACACUCAGAAAUGCUAGGAAACUGAUUUUUAUAUUGCAGAAGAACAAUUAUCAGAAUCUCCCUCCACAAAUCUUUUUGGUCACUACCGUUGUGUCUUUAGGAUACUUCACACUUCUCUUUGUUACUUGAAUAUUCACCGUGCACUGAAGAACUAUAGAAAAUAGCAGUACUAUGUAUAUGACUAUGUUCUCAUACUUGGAAGACUUGAUUAGUGUGACUAGUUAUUAUGAUUUGCUAAAUUGAUAAUUAAUAAACUUUUGAUUAUUGAUGAA